CUUCUCCAUUUACACCCUCUUUAUCUCUUUCCCUUUCUCCUUAGCUAGGGCUUUAACUCACUUUCACAUUCACAUUCACAUUCCCGCUUAAAAAGAAGAAACAAAACCAACUUUCUAUUAACUUUGUGAAAUGAUGGAGAUCAAGCUCAGUUGCUGCCACUUCCACUUCUUGUGUUAUCUUCUUGCGGCUUCUCUGGUUUUCUCCCGCGCCCACAACCAUGGAAAUCCGGCAAAUGAUAUUGUCGACAUUAUAAAUAAGAACCGUACAGAUCAAAAGCUUCCUCACCUGAAUGACAGUCCUGGUCUAGGGUGCAUGGCCUUACAAUACAUUGAAUUAUGCAAAGGAAAUUGCACUGGCAACAAUGUAGUGAACUGCAAGCCUUCGGAAGAUGACUUCACCGAAGUCUUCGCCCCCAAUUGUGGCGUAGAGCUGCCAACUUUCGGCACCAUAACCGGACACGUAAUUGGUUGUCAAAAGAAGUAUGUCGAGCCAUCAAUAGCAUUUUCCCAAGUUCUUGUGAAAGAUAAGAGUUCUUUGUCUAUUUUGAAGAACAAAUCACACACAGAGGUUGGAGUGGGGCUGGUUGGAGUCCAUAAAGGACCUUUCUUUUGGUGUGUUUUAUUUAGCAAUGGACAGACAAACUCUACAUUUGUGCUUGAAAAUCGUGGUGAAGGAAUCAAGCAAAAGAGUGGGUGCUAUAGUGGAAGUAGUGCUCCUUGCAGUGGAGCACAGAAAAGUGGUUUUGCACCAUCUAGCAUAUUCUCCAUGUCUUAUGUACUUAUUUUGCUUUUUACAUUUUUGUGAUCGAUGUAUCUUCUUGAAAUUAUUUUGUUUGUUCUGUUCAUUUUUCUUAUUGUAUAAUUUAGUCCUUCUAUUUCACUCACUAUUAUUUUUGUAAAAGUCCACUGACCUAAUCUCUGACUCCUAAAAUAUUAUUGGUAAUAUUAUU